GAACCUUCAGCGAAUUGUCACUCGACAGUCGACACACCAAGGUAUCAACAUCUCACAAAAACCACAACCAUGUCUGACGAUCAAGUUGACUUAGUUGCCAGGGAUCCCAAUAGCCUGAACGCCCAUUUGGGGACGUUGAUGUUCAAUGAUGUUCUUGGUGAGCCCGAUGGUACCCACAGUAUCGACUGCGUCUGGAAGAUGUCCUACACAUGUUUCGAAUUGUGGAAGGGACUCUGCUACAAGAUCCUCACCCUCUUCUGUGGUAUCUGUAUUGCAGCGGAAUGGGGCUGUGAGUUCGCCUACAUUGCUUUCUAUCAUAUCUGGUUCAUCACCCCAUGCAUGAAGAUAUUCGAGAUCAACUGUGGACUCUGCCAGAAGAUCUACAGUAUGGUGAUCAACUGUUGCAUACAACCAUGUACGGAGGCUUGUGGUGGACUCUUCAUUCAUUUUAAGAAAUAGAAACAUUAAGUGUCUUACAGACUUCAAUAUACUACGAUCUUUCAUGUAAUGAACAAUGAUAUUGGAUAUUUGUUACCGAGUAUUGUUGCUUCCUUACACACGCUGUCGACAUGGACAUCUUAGUUGAGAUAUUAAUGAAAAGAUUUGCAUUGACAAUAUAUGUUGAAAUGUGAUAUUAUUGAUAUUAAACUAUGGUGUUUAAAUGUU